UUUUAAUGCUAUAAAAUAAUUGUAAAUUUUGUCUCCGUGGUAGCUUUAUGAAUGUUGAAAGUAAAAAAAUACACGAUGCUAAAAUAAAAUUACCAAUAUUUCUUGAUUAUCAAUCUACUACUAAAGUAGAUCCCCGUGUUUUAGAGGUGAUGAUACCUUACUUUGGUGAGUUCAGCAAUGCACACUCUCGCAGCCAUUCAUUUGGUUGGACUGCUGAAGAAGCAGUGGAAAAAGCAAGGAAACACAUCGCUGAUCUGGUGAACGCAGAUAGCAAAGAAAUUAUCUUUACCUCAGGUGCAACUGAGUCAAAUAAUACGGCAAUCAAGGGUGUUGCUCACUUUUAUAAAAAUAAAGGAAAUCAUAUAAUAACUGUCUGCACGGAGCAUAAGUGUGUUCUGGAUUCUUGUCGGCAUCUGGAAAAUGAAGGCUUUAAAGUUACAUAUUUGCCUGUUAAGCAAAACGGAAUUAUAGAUUUAUCAAAGCUUGAGGAAGCAAUUACUGAUCAAACAAUCCUGGUUUCAGUGAUGAUGGUAAAUAAUGAAAUCGGAGUAAUUCAGCCUGUCAAAGAAAUUGGUGUAAUAUGUAGAAAGCAUAAUAUAUUUUUCCACACAGAUGCAGCUCAAAGCUUUGGAAAAGUUCCAAUUGAUGUUAAUGAGAUGUGCAUUGAUCUUAUGAGUCUCUCUAGCCACAAAAUUUAUGGACCUAUGGGAAUAGGCGCAUUAUAUGUACGUAGAAAGAAUCCUCGUGUUAGGCUGAUACCACUAAUUAGUGGUGGUGGACAGGAAAGAGGCAUGCGUUCUGGAACAGUUCCAACACCUCUUGCAGUUGGUUUUGGUGAAGCGGCACGUAUUGCUAGAGAAGAAAUGAAAAAAGAAACAACUAGAGUGGAAGAAUUAAGGGAUAUUUUGUAUAACAAGAUAAAAGAAGCGUUUCCUAAUAUCGUUUUAAAUGGUGAUUAUGAAAAUAGAAUUCCUGGCAACCUAAACUUGAGCUUUCCCUAUAUUGAGGGUGAGUCUCUCAUCAUGGCAAUCAAGGAUUUAGCAGUAAGUUCUGGUUCUGCGUGCACGUCUGCGUCUCUUGAGCCUUCCUAUGUAGUACGGUCGCUAAAUAAUGGCCAUGACCUUGAGCAUUCAUCAAUUAGAUUUGGCCUAGGCCGAUUUACAACUAAAGAAGAAGUUUUGUAUGCAGCAGAUCUUGUUGCUAAAAAUGUUGGCCGACUGAGAGAAAUGAGCCCACUUUGGGAGAUGGUACAAGAAGGAGUAGAUUUGAACACCGUGAAAUGGGACUCUCAUUAAAUGUAUCCGUUCCAACUGCAAAUGCACUUUGAAAUUACUCUGUACCGUUCACACUUAAUUCUUCAAUCUCACUAAUAGAAAGGCCAGUAAACUUGACAAUAGUGUUGACAUCAACAUUAUUAGCCAGCAUUGCUUUUGCGACUUCAAUUUUCCCUUCCUCUUUACCGAUUUUGAUGCCUCUUUCUUCGCCAAUUUGGAUGCCUUUUUCAGUAGCAAGGUCAAGUCUGUAUUCAAGAAUGGCUUCUUCUUUCCGUAGAUCCAUUAUUCUUUCUUCAUAAGCUACUAAAUCUUUUUCAUUCCAGCUAAACCUGUCUAAUUCAUCGUAGGCUAACUUUAUUAUUGGUGCUUUUUCUGCUAUUUUCCUUAAGUCUUCU